AUGGUCGUUCCAAAAGACCUCACCCAACUCAAGGGCGGCGUUGAUAACACCCGCAAGACCCUCACCGGCGAUAAGACCAGCGGCAACCGAGUAGGCGUAGAUGUCGAAGCCACGGGGGAAUCGAUUCAGGAAAUACGCACCAUAUCCGGAGUCGGGGCCAAGAACCCAGGCGACACCGACGGACAUCCAGUUGGGGAGGUACUCGCGGUACUUCUCGCGCUCGCCGGUCAGCCAGAAGGUCUUGACGACGGCCUGGAUGGCGCACAGGACGCCCAUGCAGAUGGUGAAGAUGCCGCAGGACUUGGUGAUGGGCAGGCUGGGCAGGGUGACGGCCUCGGCGACGGCCUUCCAGGCUGUGACGGACGGGGCCAGGAAGGGGCACUUGGCAGCGACCUCCUCGGAUACGUUCGGAUCCCACACGCAGGGGUAAGCCGACAUGAAGAGUACGAAGAUACCGGGGGCGAGGAAGACUGCAACAAGGGCGCCGAGCCCCUGGGCGUAGAACUGCAGGUUGGGAGGGGUGCGGAGGAGGAAGCCGACGCGAAAGUCGCUGACCAGGGUGUUGGAGAUAUCGGCGGUUCCAGCGGCGAUGUUACCGGCUGUGAGGUUGAUUCGCUGGGCCUGGGAGAUGCUGAGGCCGGAGUUCUUGGUGAUACCACCGAAGACGAGCUGGGAGGCCUUGGUGGAGGCGGUGUAGGGCGCGCAGUCAGUGACGGCGGAUCCGUAGAUACUGAGGAAGGCGAAGAUGAGACCGAGGAGACAGGCGAGGAGACCAAGGCCGGCGUUCAUCUCGAAGCGCACGUGGCAGACGACCAUGGCGACGGCGGCCAUGAUGGUGGUUCCGACAACCCAGACCCAGCCGGGGACCUGCUGGUCCUUGGGAGCAAAGUCCUCAACAAGGUCGGUCAUGCCGGCAAGCUUGGCGGCCUGCUUCUCAAGAAAGGUGUUGUUCUUGCCCUUGGCCUGGAGGCGCGCGUUGAUGCUUGCAGCGGUCUCGCGCAAGGCGUACAUGAAACCUCCGGCAACGACGCGGAACUGCAGGACGAAUUCGACCAGGCUGUAGACGAUGAGGACCAUGACACCGGGCCAGAGGAACCAGUAGCGAGGAGAGGGGACCCAGUCUUCCUCCUUGACGAUCAUGGAGCUGAAGCUGGUCUUCUCCUCCCAGAUGGUGCCGGCAUUCUUGGGGUUUCUUGUACCAACAGCCUCGCCGUACUUGAUCAGCAGAGGGCCGACGAAUCCCCAGGCAAACACUGUGCCGAAGAACCAGGAGAGGGAAGCGUUGAGACCGACGAGGAUACCGGAACCGAAGAAGGCGGGGUUGUCAAUGUUCAGGGCCCAGUUCGAGUAUCCACUCCAGAUGUAGAACCAGUUGAAGAUGUGCCAGUUGUGGAGGAUGCCAUCGGCGUACUGAGAGACGACGAUGUGGACGAGGGCGCCGAUGAAGGCGUAGCCGAGAGCCUUGAUCUUCUUGAUGGCGUCGCUGGCACCGCUGCCGACAGCGUGCAUGGAGCGAAUGGCCAUGGCCGCGGCGACGGGGGUGGGGAAGACCAGGUUGAGCUCACGGGAGGCGUUGAUGAUGAAGAACUUUCGGAGGGGCACGGCGGCGAAGAAACCGAAGAAACCGCAGACGAAGGUCAUGGCCAGGGUGCGGCCAAAGUCCUUCUUGGGGUCGUCGGAGAGCAGACCGAGCUGGUACAUGGCAGGCAGACCGGCGACGAACAUGCCGGAGAGACCACCGGCACCACUGGCGGAGGCCUGGAUGAUGGAAUUUUCCUGGGGACCGAAGGACUGGCCGAGAUAGGGGACGUGCGGGAAGAUCUUGCAGAGGAGGAUAACGAAACCAUAUCUGUGAAGAGGUCAGCAAGAGCGAAACUAUCUAAUGGAAAAGAUGCGGCGAUGCCAUACCCGAAAAUGGCACCAAACAUGUUGGCACUGAAGGUGAAACCAGUCUUCAAACCUAUUCCCGAGUCACCUGGCUUCAGACUCACCGAGAUAGACAUUGGAGGCGUUGACAAGCGAUCCGAGACAGAUACCAAUGAGGACGGCACGGAUGGUCAGAGGGUUCUGCUCGGGCUCUCGACCCUUGAUGGGCGGGAAGCUGACGAAGAGAUCGGUGAUCUCGUCGGUGCUCUCCUCAGAGUUGUCAGACUUGGCGGUAACAGAGGGUGCCUUCUCGUCGCCGACGAUGGCAGGCUCUUGAAGACGCAAGCAGCAAACGGGUCGAAAUGGGCUCAGAUGCAAAGCACUCGGUUCUCCGUCCGACUCCCAGACCACCGGGGCAUCAAACAGAUUAAAUAUUUCUUGCGUCGCAACCUUAAAGCACCAAGGGACAACUCUGGCAAACUCGCCCGUUUCGUGCGACCGGGGCUGCGUGCCAUGCAAUGCCACGCCAUGUCCAUUAUCCUGGGAGGGGGAGAGAGUGUAAGGUGGCCAAUCGGCGACACCCGAGGCGAGAUACCGCUACGUUUCGUCUACUCAAUCAGGAAAGCAAGAACAAUAGAGAUGGGAUGGCCACAGCCGAGGGGAACCUUUGUUGUUGCAUCCACUUAUCUCAAGGGUGCCGCAGGUGUUCUGCCAUCGCCCGCAACGACGCUCGAGUGUUGA